UUUGUCUAUUUACAAGUUGCAAGUUUGCUGUUUUCAUUAUUUUUACGAUGCGACUUACAAGUUUUCGUGUAUAUAAGUUAUCGUAAAAUUAAAAAAAAUGAGCAGUAAUGUGGAAAAUCAGAACAAAUACAUUCCUAAACAUAUGCAUAGUGAUAAGUUUAUUUUUUCUUUUUUACUAUGCAGUUUUAACUCAAACUACUCUAGAACAAAGAAGACAUUUAAGAAGAAAUAUAAAGAAAGAUGUGGGUAAUGUUAAAUUUCUACCUUCAAUUUAUAAAAAAUCCAAGGAAUAUAAUAUUUGGAUCAUAUUUACGAAAGUUACGAAUGUUUCAACUCUCAGUUACAAAUUUCGUGAUUUGAUACAUAAUUUAUUAAAUGUUAGUUCAGUGCCUUUAAAAUUUAAUAUAAUAGUUGAUGAAGUGUCUCAAGUUAUUGCAGAAAAUCAAAUCGCUGAUGUACUUUACGGUAAUAAAACAUUAGUUUAUUCUUUUUAUGAUAUCGAAGAAAGUGCCAAUAGAAUACAAGAUAUCGUAAAAGUUAUGACGCCGCAUUUUAGUUCGAAACCAGGUACUUAUUAUAGUGAUGCAUUGUUUUAUAUAUCGUUAGGAUUGUAUAGAAUCGCUCCUUUAAGCCAACAAUACGCAAUUUUACUCGAUUGUGAUUUAUUUUUUAAAAAAGACAUAUCUUUAUUAUUUAACGAGUUUGAUAACUUUAAAUCUACUGCUCUAUUCGGUUUAGCCCCCGAAUUGACUCCUGUAUAUCUACAUGUUUUGCAUAUGUAUAAAGCAAAGCAUAACACGACUUUCGGUGAUUAUUAUCGUGAUAAUAACAUAUCGAACGAUGUCCAUCCGAGGGGUUUUCAGGGAUAUAACUCCGGUGUCGUACUUAUUAAUCUUGCAGCGCAAAGGAAAUCUCUAGAAUUUUCUAAAAUUAUUUCGAAUGCGAGCGUGCAAGCUAUGACUUCUAAAUAUAGGUAUGAUUUGAAUUGGGGUUUAGUCAGUUGUUUGCAAAUUUUAUGUUAUUUUAGAUUCCGCGGUCAUCUGGGUGAUCAAGAUUUUUAUACUUUAGUUGGUUAUGAAUAUCCUCAUCUGAUACAAACGCUCAAUUGCGGUUUCAACAGGCAACUCUGCACUUGGUGGAGAGACCACGGUUAUGUCAACAUUUUUUCCAAUUAUUUUAAAUGCGAACAUGAUAUUGUUGUUUUACAUGGAAACUGUAAUACUCGUAUACCGAAAUGACUGGAUAAUUAUGAUAAAUUUCGUACAGGGCUUUCAGUGCUUCAAAUUAACGAAAAUUUAACCAAAAUGUCCUCAUUUGUAACUUGAACUAACCUUAUAAAAACAAAUUAUUUUGUUUUUUGAAUUAUUUGUAUUUCUAAUUAAAAAUUAAAACGUUUGGCAACAUUGUCUACAAGAAAUCUCAUUAUCAGGAUAGCAGAAUUGAAAUUCUGGCUUCGAUAUUAAUAAAUGCAUUGUUGUCAUAUGUAAUUAUAAUUUUUGAUACUAGUACAAGUUUUGUUGAAAAUGUCUUCAGUUAAUCGAGAUUUGUUGUACUUUCAAAAUGUUGUUUUUUUUAUAAAAUUAUUUGGUAAAUGUUCAAAUUGGGUGAAAUGUAGAAAAAAAAGAAAUUAAUUAGACGCACUGGGUACAAAUCGCGGUAUUUUGACCUUAUUGGAAUGGAAUUGGUACAAAUGAAACAAAAGUGAAUAAAAACGUCUUAAAUCAAUAGAAAUCUUACUAAAAUGACUUCAUGUCUAACUUAACCUCACCUAAAAUAUGGUAUAGGGCAUCAUUUAUCAAAUUAUUGAAGGUUCAAUCAUAAAAAACAACAAAUUAUUUUGUCUUCUAAUUGAUUUGUAUUUCUGAUUAAAAAUUAGAACGUUUGGCAACAUUGUAUACAAGAAAUCUCAUUAUCAGGAUAGCAGAAUCGAAAUGCUCCUUUUAUAUUCUAAUAAACGCAUUGUUGUCAUAUGUAAUUGUUAUUUAUGAUAAUAGUACAAGUUUUUUUUUCAAAAUGUAAGAAAAAUCGUGUCAAUUUCAAAGUAUCUACUUGAUUUGCUCAAAAAAUGUUCGAAUUUCACUCAAAAUCGUACCCAGUGCAAUGUUAUACAGGGGUUUUCGUUAUUGAAGGUUCGUUAUAUAACUUUCAAAAUGUAGAUGCUUAUUUUUCCAAAAUUAUUGAAAAAUGCAAGGAAAAAAGAAUUGAUUUAGAUACAAACUGUUGCAUUUUGAACUUAACGUGGAUAAUUAAUAGAAAAAUUUGAAUUAAAAUACUUUAAAUAUAUAAAAAUCUAAUCAAAAUGGCUCCAAAUCAAACUUAACUUAACCUAAAACGGAGUAAAGGGUAUAAUUUAUCAAAUUAUUGAAACAAACUGAUUAAAUCUCAUGAAAAACAAAUUAUUUUAUCAUCAACUAAAUAUUCACUACACUAUAGAAGUAUAUCUGCUUAAAAAUUAUAACGUUUGGCAACAUUGUAUUACAAAUCUCGUUAUUAAAAUGUCAACAUUAAAAGUCUCGGUUUGAUAUUAAUAAUUUGCACUGUUGUCAUAUCUGUGAACCUGGUAUCUAUUUUCGCUAUAAUACAAAAUUAUUCAAUUCCAAAUACCAAAAUGUGCAGUAAUUUAAUAAAAAAAUAAAGAUCACUUUUGAUUUUACAAAAAUCUUCUUGCCAUUACUUAUUUAGUUGUCGUAUUUUUAAUUUUUAUACCGCUACAGUAUGAAUUUUCGAGUUUAUAAUCAAAAUGUUUUUGUAUGUGCAAUUCGAAAUGAAAUUUAUUUUUAUGUUAUCAUAUAUGCAUAUUUUACCAAUAAAUUUGUUUUAUAUAA